AGCACUCGAUUAUCAGGAAGUGUCUCCAGGAGACGCCGGCUGAGCGGCCAGUCGGAGAGGGGCGGCGGCGGCGGCGGCCAGCUUGGGCGCGGUGGCAUCAUGGAGCACAUUCGCACCACGAAGGUUGAACAGGUGAAAUUAUUAGAUCGUUUCAGCACAAACAUCAAGUCACAAACAGGAACGCUCUAUCUCACAGCAACUCACCUGUUAUUUAUAGACUCGAGCCAGAAAGAGACAUGGAUACUGCACCAUCAUAUUGCUGCGGUAGAGAAACUCGCCUUGACCACGUCCGGCUGCCCCCUGGUGAUCCAGUGCAAGAACUUCAGGAUAGUUCACUUCAUUGUUCCCAGAGAAAGGGACUGCCAUGAUAUUUAUAACUCCUUGCUUCAGCUGUCAAAACCAGCAAGAUACGACGAAUUGUAUGCCUUCUCAUACAACCCAAAGCAAAAGGAGGAAGAGAGAGUGCAAGGCUGGCAGCUCAUAGACCUUGCAGAAGAGUACAACCGGAUGGAUGUGCCUAACUCUGACUGGCAGUUAUCAGAUGCAAAUCGUGAUUAUAAGAUCUGUGAAACAUAUCCCAGAGACCUUUAUGUUCCCAGGAGUGCAAGCAAGCCCAUCAUUGUUGGCAGUUCUAAGUUCCGAAGCAAAGGAAGGUUUCCUGUGCUGUCAUAUUAUCAUAAAGAUAAUGAGGCUGCCAUUUGCAGAUGUAGUCAGCCUCUCUCGGGAUUCAGUGCCAGGUGUCUGGAGGAUGAGCACAUGUUGCAAGCCAUCAGCAAAGCCAAUCCUAAUAAUUUCUAUAUGUAUGUUGUGGACACCAGGCCUAAACUGAAUGCACUGGCCAACAGAGCAGCAGGUAAAGGCUAUGAGAAUGAAGACAAUUAUUCUAAUAUUAGAUUCCAGUUUGUUGGUAUCGAAAACAUCCAUGUAAUGAGAUCUAGCCUGCAGAAACUUUUGGAAGUCUGUGGGACAAGGGGCCUGUCGGUCAAUGAUUUUCUGUCUGGUUUGGAGAGCUGUGGAUGGCUGCGACACAUCAAAGCUGUGUUGGAUGCUGCUAUCUUCUUAGCCAAAGCCAUAGCUUUGGAGAGUGCAAGUGUGCUAGUGCAUUGCUCCGAUGGCUGGGACCGGACAUCUCAAGUGUGUUCUCUGGGAUCUCUCUUGCUGGAUCCCUUUUAUAGAACAAUAAAAGGCUUUAUGGUUUUGAUAGAAAAAGACUGGAUUGCAUUCGGGCACAAAUUUUCAGACAGAUGCGGUCAGCUGGAUGGAGACCCAAAGGAAAUCUCUCCUGUGUUCGCUCAGUUUUUAGAAAGCGUCUGGCACCUGACGGAGCAGUUUCCGCAAGCUUUCGAGUUCAACGAGGCAUUUCUCCUUCAGAUCCACGAACACGUCCAUUCCUGCCAGUUCGGAAACUUCAUUGGGAACUGCCAGAAAGAACGAGAGGAGCUCAAAUUGAAAGAGAAGACAUAUUCACUGUGGCCUUUCCUUCUGGAUGAAUGCAAGAAGUACCUAAACCCCAUCUACAAUGAGAAUUUUUCUCAGUCGCUCACAAUUCUGGAGCCUGACACAGUAUCAUUUAAUUUUAAGUUCUGGAGGAACAUGUAUCAUCAGUUUGAUCACACCAUGCAUCCCCGGCAAUCUGUAGUCAGCCAGGUCAUGAGCAUGAGUGAGCAAAAUAAACUGCUGGAGAAAGACAUUAAGGAACUGGAAGCUAAAUUAGGUCACCGUGUAAACAAGGAGCUGGAUGCAGCCUUCACCAAGGAACCUUUGCGGCCUGUGUCACCUGUUCUUAAGACAUCCCAGUGCUUUAAGAAAGAGCAGCCUCUUCUACAUGGGAAUGACUGUAUUCGAACAAUAGAGGGCUCCAACGCAGCAGACAAUCGGUACAGCGAGUAUAUGGAAGAGCUCUCCAAGACAGAGCCUGGUGUUGUCAGUCUGGAGUACGGAGUGGCAAAAAUGACGUGUUAAAUGUCACACGGAGUAUUGCCGUCUCUUUCUGAAAAUACUGAUGGUGCAUUGUGAGACUGGUCUCUUGGAGCAUGACCAAAAACUGGAUUUGUGUAAAGGAGAGCCUCAUUGAUGUAGACUAGCAUGGCACACUAGUUGCUAAGGAGAAAUGCUGUUCUUGUGAGAAGUAACUGAAUUUAACAAUACCGAAAGGAAUGUGGAGAAUUUAGUAAAAACUGUUUUUGGCUUAAAGAACUGAGGAAUGGAAGUUGUUGUACGUGUCUAGAGUAUAACAAACUUUAGUUUGCACUAGAUAACUUGGAAUGUUAUUUAAUAUAUCGAUUGCCAAAUGGUUUAAUGGGCUUUGAAGAUCUACUUCUAGGACACAACAGAAUACUUACUGGGGCUGCUGAAAGUAUAUGUAUAUAGAUAGAAUGUACUAUGUAUGUGUACUCCUAUUUAAUCUGUUGCCUGUUGCUAAUUUUGAUGUCUCAUGUUGCCAUUGAAAGUACUGUAUAUCAAAUGCAAAAGAUGGAAACUUAUCAUCCCAAAUUCAUAGCAUGAUGUUUGGAGACACAUGAGAGAGGCACUCAGCAGGGUCUAAGGGGAUAUUAGUUUGCAUUGGUAACUCUGGAAUUCCAGGUUUCCCCUGCCUCUUUAAAUGUCCUUUUACAAAAAUCAGGAAAACUGGUUAUCUAGAUAGAUUAAAACUGCACCCCUAAGGGCUGUGAAUCUUUUGCAGAAAUCUAGCUACAAGCCUUAUAGUUACGUUCCAAAAUCUAUGUAAGGACAAUGCGUUUAUUAUGCCAUCAAAAGUGGCACAAUAUAGCAUGCAGGCCUUUGAGUUCUGAAGAGCACUUUCAAGUUCUGGAGAGGUACUGGAGAACUUGAAAGCUUUAUGUAACAUUUUGGAACAUUCCGAUUGGCCAAAUAAAAGGCACUGGCCCAAUAUGGAUUUAAAACUUGACUUUUAUGUGCCAACACAACAGUCUUUACAUUUAUGUAAUUGUGUGUAUUCCUACAAAGAGCCAAAACAUUUGUGUGGGAUGGAUGGGUGUUCAUCUCAAUGAAAGCAAAUGUGGUUCUAAUUUUUUGUGUGUGUUUCUUUCAGAUCGGUCAGGUUUCAGAGUUUUUGAAAGAAUUAGAUAUUGUAAGCUAAUCAAACAAAAGAAAUGCUGUAGAAGCAGUAUCUGUUUUUCUGAGUUUGAUCAAAUUUGCGGUUGUCUGCGGCAUUUUUGUUCAGUUUGCAAAUCUUUCUUAAAAUAAAUUUAGGUGGUUUUUUUUAAAAGCACCUUACUUUUAAUCAGUAGAAAAACUACGUAAAUGAAAUCUUCAAAUAAGUCUCCGUGGAUAGCUAAGGAGGCAGCCGCUCUUUGUUGUGAAUGGAGAAGAAACAAUAAACUCUAGGUUUGCAGGCCAGCUGGCUGCGUGUUUUCUAAAUCCACUUGCUUUAAAAACCUGAUAAUGCUCAUAUCCUCAAGAUACAGGAUGCCACCUGGGAUUGAAUUGAUCUCUAGUUAACUAACAAAAAGAGUUGGUUAGGAGGUUUAUACUGUGCCCCUCUCGCAUAUAGGCAAAUCAAAUGUAUCCCCAGAUAUCACUGUUUCUGCUUCAUCAGAAAAGAGAAUGGAUUUGCUUUCAGCCUGUGAUCCUGCUUCUGUUCACAUUUCUCGAGUUAGUUUUUAUUGUCCUAAUGAAGGAAACGAAAUGAGCUUUGAGAGCCAAGAUUAUAAACAUGAACGCCUUGGGGUUAUUAUGCUCCCUAGGUGGUAUGGUAGGCUAAUUUGUACCUGAGGGAUCAAAUGCUUAUUUGGCUCAGAGUGAAAAUUAGUUUAGAUUUGCUCUAAUCCCUGAAGGCUUUUGAUCAAAACUGCCAAUACGCAGCAUGGAACUUGACACAGUUGGCCGUGUUUCCCUCUUCCCUAGUUGGGAUCCAGGCUGUAACAACAAGGGCAAUGCAGGUCAUAACUUAAUGGAGUUGGCAAAAUUGUAUAGGGGAGGAGAAGCAUUAACCUUUUUAAGUGGUUACUGGUUUUUGUAUUGUAAUAUGUUUAAAGAGGGAACAAUGUGAAGGGUUGUAUUUUUCAAAGUCAUCUUGGUGGUAGAUGUUCUCGUCCACAGCUGGUUGGUGGGGUGGGAUCCUGCAUUCAAUGUAGUAAAUGCAGUAAAACUGUACAUUCUCAUGUCUUCUGCCACUUUAGUGGAUGUUGCAUUGAUACUGACUUUCAGAACGUACGAAGACAGAAACAUGUGCCUUCUGGUUGUUUUCUCCCUCUCCCGUUUUAUGCUAUGGACAAAUAAUCUCCUGUGUUACCAUAAACACUGAAAAUACAAUACUAAAUGUUGCCGUAA